UAGCGCGGUUGUGUCUUUCCGAUGGACUCAACUGCACACUUCACAUAAUGGCGGAACUUGACAACAAAACAAACACGAUUUGAACACAAAAUUUAAUAUAUGCCGACUAGCCACGCACUUACCAAGUUGUUUAAAAACGAAUACGCUGCAAUGAGCCCAUCCACGACAGAAUUCGAUAAAAUUUCAUAACAUUCGUUUUCACUUCUGUCUUCCACAUAGUUCUACUAGGAACCUGGGAAAGUACUGGAGGAACCGAAAGACACCGAUGGCAAGCUAACUACCCAGGCUCUCCCAAUGUUGUAUUGCAACAGUGCUUUAAGUUUUUAUUUGAUUCAUUUGAUGUAAUAUAUUUGUUUGAGAAUGCUAGGAUGUUUAAAAACGUGUUUGGGUCUGGGUUUCUUAUAAGAACUGCUCACGUUACCCUGACAUGGGUGAUAACGUUGAUACUCUUCCUUCAUGACACAGACCUGCGGAAGCAAGAGGAGAGGGGCGAGCUUAAGCAGCCAGUGCUUUUUGUCUUGCUGGUCCUGGUGUCAGUACUGCUCUAUUUCGCUGUUUCCCUCAUGGAUCCGGGAUUUGUAGUCUCCGACAGUGACGCUAAGUUCACUCUUGGUGUCAGUGAAGAAGAACAGGAGAUGAUCCCCAAUACCUCCAAGGCCAUACGUCUGCGCCGUUGUGGCUACUGUCUGCUGCAGCAACCAAUGAGAGCCAAGCACUGCCAGAACUGCAAGCACUGUGUGCGGCGCUAUGACCACCACUGCCCCUGGAUUGAAAACUGUGUGGGUGAGAGGAACCACCGCUGGUUUGUCCUCUACCUGGGCGUCCAGCUGCUAGCCCUGCUCUGGGCAUUCAACCUGGCAUGGUCUGGGAUCAGCUAUGCGUCCACCUGGGACCUGUGGCUGCGUCAGAACGGCUUCUUGCUGGCGGUGGCCUCUUUGGUGGGUGUGUUCUCGCUGGUGGCGGUGCUGCUGUUGGGCUCCCAUCUGUACUUGGUCUCGCUCAACACCACUACCUGGGAGUUCAUGUCGCACCACCGCAUUUCCUACCUCAAGCACUGUGGUGCCGACGAGAACCCCUUUGACCAGGGCACGCUGCGCAACCUGUGGAGCUUCUUCUGCACCUGCCGCAUCGUCGCCUGGGAGCAGGUGUACUUCAGAGAGAGCACUGAACGUGUCUAGCCCCUUGCCCCAGCCCACCCCACCCCCUCUCAUCCGGAUUCUACCGGUUUCUCUUUCACUCCAUGUCUAUCUCUGGGGCUGAGGUUUGGUCCUUUAACUUCCUUCAUCGUGCCAUUUUCCUCCACAGUAAGUCAGAUGUGUCAGUUCCAGAAGGAAGAAUCCUGCAGAAAUGUGUGCAAAACCUCUUGGUUUUAUUUUGAUGAGAGUGUGUUGUGUGGGAUAUAGGAUGUUGUGUGUUGAUGGGAAAGGGAGAAAGAUCUUCCCUUGCUGCUAUUUUGGGAUCAAACUUUAAGGAAUGAACAGGAAUAUAUUGUUGGAUGGUGACAGAAUUAGUCAUAUGAUGUAAAUGCCACCUUCCAUAUGCAACUGGGCUCUAUGUUUAUUGUAGUAGUAAUCUAACUAAUAUGUGGCUUGAUUCCUUUUCCUUAGUGAUGAAACGUACCUUUUUAUCAUUCUCUUGUGCUCAGCAAAACCGCUCUACCAAUUUGGCUUUGUAAUGCACUUUUCAUAAAGCACCGUUUCUCAGCCCUGGUCCUGGGGACCCGCUGUGCAUGCUGAGCUUGAGCUUGAUACUAUGGUUGGAAAAAAAAACCCCAGCAUACACAGUGGGUCCCCCAGGGCCUAGGUUGAGAAACACUGUCAAAAAGCAUUCCACAAAUAUCUCCCAGACAUAGACAAAGAAGGGGUUUGAGGUAAGGAAAACACAGGAAUUAUGUUUACGCUGUUAUAAAAUAGGCCGACUUCUUCAAACGACAAGGUAUGUGUAUUACAGUUGAUUUUGAAAGGUAAUAGCAAGUAGCUGUGAAUGAAUGCUGAUACUGUAUACAUUUUGUAUUAAAAGGAGUGGAGUUCUCUCCCAUCUGCAUUGAUAGGAGCAACUUCCUGAAUUCUUCGGAGCACUAUCUUAUAAAUUAAGGCAGGGCUGCUCAAUCCUGUUCCUGUCCUGUAGGUUUUCACUCCAACACUAACAAAGCACACCUCAUUCAACAACUAGAGAGCUCGUUGAGCUGCUAAUUUGUAGAAUCAGAUGUGCCAGUUUAAAGGUUUAAAUUAAAACCUACAGGAUGGUAGAUCUCCAAGAACAGGGUUGGGCAGCCCCAGAUCAAGGAAUUACAUCAUUCCAGGUGUUUGUAUUGCCACCCAUAAGCAGUAAAAACUGCAUAUUUACUUUGAGUGCAUUUGUCCAUCUGGAGAUACAGUAAAUCAAAUAUUCUUCUGCACACUGGAGGCCUGACUGGAGCAGUUGUCACAGUAUCUGCUGGUUUUCUGCAUUUUUCAGCAUCAGAUUUAAGUCACUAAUUGUCACACAUCUUGCUGUCAAGAUCUUAAUUGGCAGCUGAUCUUAAGCUUUAUCAUCAUAAACAUAAUUUCUGGGCGAUAUGACUUUUCAUGAUGAUCCUGAGAAGGAGUUUAGAGAGUAGCCAAGUGAGUCCAUAUGAGGAAAAAUAAUUUCAGUUCUUCAUAGCAGAUGGCUUACCAUUGAACCUCACUAAGAGCUUGAACAAAUGCACUCUUCAACUAUUUUUAAAUUGGUAAACAUUGGCAUGGUGAUUAAAAUCCAGUGACGAAGCCAAUUGCUUGUAUUACAUCCACUGGGCUCUCGUAGGGACACUGCAUGCAGUUCAGAUUUGGCUAGUUUUCAUUACUGCAAUCCUUUCUUCUUUGUUAGCAUGAGAUUCAUGCCAUGACACAGCAGGAUGACAGUGGUCUGAUGAAGAAUCACAUGUAGCCAGUUGAUUCCUGCUAAUGUACAUGUCGCAUGCUUGAAUAGUAAAUUAGCAAAGAGUCAAGGGGAACUGAAUACAAGUAGUGACGGCUUUGUUUUUAAAAGACCAAGUAGGUUGUGUCAGUGGUGCUCUACAAACAAGGAAAUGAAAAUGUAUUUUUGGUAAGAUUUGACCUAUAUGCAUAUCAAGAUGAACAUUAUUAUAUUUAAAUUUUUAUGAUGGUUUGGCCGAAUGAAACCUCCUUUGGAUGCUAGUUUUUUUGUUUUGUUUUUGUUUUUGUUUUUAGAGACAUAGAAUAACUUAAGUCUGAAAAGUAGUCCAUACUGUGUGUCCCAACAUGGAUGAAUGGUUGAUUUUAAAAAAAAUACUUAAAAUAUAGAAAUUUCAAUUCUAAGCAAUAAUAAUUGAUAAAUACCUCCAUUGAUUGAGGUUCACAAGGUUAUAAUUCCACAUUGGUAUCUUUUGGAAUUUCAUUUCUGAAGUUAUCUGUUUACAUAACCAAGUCACGUGAUCUGAUUUGACUUUGCAUUGUGAAGUUAUUGAACAAAUUGAGUUAUGCAAUAAUUUUUUAAAUGACAGUAUUGAACAAACAUUAAAAAAUUUAAAC